AUGUUAUUCUUGGUUCUGUAUAUCACAACCCAACAUUUGCUUUACAAACUUCAGAAUCUUCCUCCCAGCCCUUUUCCAGCACUACCAUUUAUCGGCCAUCUUUACCUAUUGAAGAAACCUUUUCAUUGGGCCCUGUCUACGAUUUCUAAGCGGUAUGGACCAGUGCUAUUCCUACAGUUAGGCUCCAGGCAAGUCCUGCUAGUUUCAUCUCCAUUAGUUGCUGAAGAAUGUCUUACAAAGAAAGAUGUUAUCUUCGCGAAUCGCCCUUCUCUCCUGAGUGGAAAAUACUUCGGGUAUAAUUAUACUAGCCUCGCUUGGUCACCGUAUGGAAAUCACUGGAGAAACCUUCGCAGAAUCUCAUCUAUAGAACUCCUGUCAUCUCACCAAGUGCAAAUGCUUUCUCACAUACAACGUGCUGAGAUUUUAGCCCUGGUUAGAAAACUCUUCCAUGAUACCAAAGAUUUCCCCAACAAAAGUGUGCACGUAAAAUCAACUUUGUCUGAAUUUUCAUUCAAUGUCAUAACGAGGAUGAUUAAUGGGAAAAAAUAUAGUGGAAAGACAGCAGAGGGCUCAAAAGAAGCUAAGAUUUUUCAGGAGAUCUUAACUGAGACAGCUCUGGUAGCUCCUGAGGCAAAUGUUCUUGAUUUUUUACCCUUCAUGCGAUGGUUCGGAUUUAAAAAUACAGAAAAGAAGAUGAUAUCAAUACAGGAGAAGAGGGACAAGUUUAUGCAAAGCGUAAUCGAAGAGCAACGUUCUUCUUUUGUUGAUUCUGCAGUAAAGAAUAAAACCAUGAUUGAAGUCUUACUGGAUUUGCAAAAAGCAGAACCAGAAAAUUAUACUGACGAAACUAUCAGAAACCUCCUUCUGGUUUUGAUCCAAGCAGGAAGUGAGACUUCAGGAGACACAAUAGAGUGGGCAUUUUCCUUAUUGCUUGACAAUCCAAAUGUUCUCAAAAGAGCACAAGCUGAAAUCGACAAUCUCGUAGGAAAGCAACGGAGGAGGGCAUGUCCAGGUGAGAAUUUGGCAAUGCGUCUGGUAGGGCUGGCCUUGGGAUCCCUAAUACAGUGUUUUGACUGGAACAAGAUUAGUGAGAUUGUUGACAUGGCUGAAGGGACUGGAAUUAUGGCAAAAAAGAUCGAACCCUUGAUGGCUAAGUGCAAUCAUCGUUCAUUUGUUGGAGACCUUCUCUCUAUAGGGCACCACAUGGCGUUCCCUAUAGGACGGGGCCGCAGCUUGCAGCCAGGGCCGGUCCUGUGA